AUGAAGGACAGAAACACAACUGACGAGCGUCGGCUAUAUGAAUGUCGAGUCGUUUCAAACCUGAAGCAGACGAUGAAACUGCGAGGAGAGAAGUACGUGCACACGGAUUACAAACCCCGAUUUCAGAGAACAAGAUGCGAAAAGGAUCUCUGGGAAGGCUGUGAGAAAAAUAAUCUGACAGCAGCAUUCCAUGACCGGUUCUAUGCUGAAAACUGCGAUGUCUGGAAUGCCAUGUGGAGAAUAAUACCACAGACCUUUAACACUCUUUCUUAUGAGCUUAAAAACCGCAAUCUAAUCAGCAGUGCCCAGAUGCAAAUGCAAAAACGUCAACCAGGAAGUACUGGCAUCUAUGAACACAUUUUCGCGGCCGUGGAGACAUUCGUCUAUUUACGAAAAGCCAACGCUGCCAAGUAA